UAUAUCUAUAUGCGAGAGCAAGAAGGCUUUGCCAGGAGAAAAAAAAUGAAAAAAAUGGAAAGAAAGAAAGAUGAAUGAGAAGGAGGAGACGAAGAGGAAGAUGGUGAAAAAUCUCCUUCCCAACAAACAGAUUGUGUUGAAUCAGUCUGUGAGUGGGUACCCCAAAGAGAGUGACUUUGGGUUGAGAUCAUCUUUCAUCGACUGCAGCCUUUCCCGUGAUUCCUCACCGGCUGUGCUUCUGAAGAACCUAUACCUCUCUUGUGAUCCUUACAUGCGCCACCGCAUGUCCGAUCAGGUCGCUCAUCCCGGGACUAUUAUCCAGUCCUUCACUCCUGGUUCUGUCCUUGUGGGAUAUGGUGUGUCCAAGGUCAUGGAGUCCACACAUCCAAGGUUCAAGGAAGGUGACUUUGUUUGGGGGAUGAUUGGGUGGGAGGAGUACAGUUUGAUCACUACCCCGGACAGGCUAAACAAGAUCAGUUUUACUGAUGUGCCCCUCUCAUACUAUGCUGGCAUUUUGGGAAUGCCGGGAAUUGCAGCUUACGUUGGAUUUCACAAAAUAUGUUAUCCAAAGGAACGCGAUUGUGUCUAUGUUUCUUCUGCAGCAGGAGGAGUUGGUCAACUUGUUGGACAAUUUGCGAAAAUGAUCGGCUGCUAUGUGGUUGGAAGUGCAAGCACUAAAGAGAAAGUUGAACUCUUAAAGCAAAAGAUGGGAUUUGAUGAAGCGUUCAACUAUAAGGAGGAAAAUUUAGGUUCAGCAUUAAGGAAGUACUUCCCCGAAGGCAUUGACAUUUACUUCGACAAUGUUGGUGGUCGCAUGCUUGAUGAAGUUAUUUUGCAGAUGAAAGCUCAUGGCCGCAUCGCACUCUGCGGUAUGAUUUCACAAUACAAUCUUCACGAACCAGAGGGUGUGCACAAUUUGUUUAGCCUCAUCCUGAAGCUGAUUGAGAUGAAAGGGUUUGUGGAGACCGAUUUCGUUAACGUGUAUCCAGAGUUUUGUAUCAAAUACUUGCGGCAAGGGAAGUUGGUCUAUGUUGAAGAUGUUGCUCAAGCGAUAGAGAAUGCCCCCGCUGCACUGGUCGGAAUUUUCUAUGGCCGGAAUUUUGGGAAGCAGGUCGUUUAUAUUGCUAAUGAAUAAGAUUCCUCACUCAAUGUAUUAGUUGAUGGGAGUUUUUUUCUUACUAGAGCAACGGUGAACAUUUGAUUGGAUAAACUUGUUUUAGUACAAUGUCAUUUUAAUUUACAACAUAAUAUGUUAGAUAUCCAAGUGUAAAUAAAUAAAUUUUGAUGA